AUGUUCUCUCGAAACGAGAAUUUCGUCUCGUCCAUUAAUUCCCCUGCAUUAAAUGCUUACUUCGUCCCCUUCACACUACAUAUACACCUCACCAGGACACGGCUGUUUAUCGUGUUAUUGUACCAGAUUUUGCACCGAAUUCUCUGGCUUAUGGCUUCACUCGUUUGUAUCGUUUUCUAUCUUUACUUGCAUGCAUGCGCUGCAAGGCCACUUACGGUUUCAGAUAAAGAAACUGUCGUGCAGAAUCGGGCAUCCAACAAGGAUGUGAAGGGUUUGGAUCAUGGUACAUACUUCCUGGGGAGAUUUUUAGCUGAUCAAGAAGGCGAACGAGAUAAAGCAAACGCAUAUACUGGAAACAUUAAGGUCCAUGCUACAGGAACAGAGGUACAUAUGAGAGUUGAAGUCGAACGGUCAGCACUGGAUUCAUCAUCACACAAAGCUGAAGAAAAUGUGAGCUCGAAUCAUAAUAAUAACACGGUGGAGGAUGCAGUCGCCAUGGAUUAUGCUCAACCUCAUCGCAAACCUCCCAUCCAUAACAGGGAGACCUAA